CAUUGACCAUUUAUUCCCUCAUACAAAAUCCUCAUACCUUCAAAACACUUCAUCCUGACAACCUAGAACACUACUUUCGAACCACACUCUACACACAGUCACUCUCACACUGAAACAAAUUGUCUCAACCUCAAAAUGUCUUUCCUCUACACAGCAACACCCGCCCUCCGCACCUCUGUCCGACGUUCGGUCCUCACUCAGUCACCUCGUCUCUUUUCCACGACCUUGAGCCAACAAAAGGGUCCCGUCGAUGCCGCCAAAGAUGGUCUGAAGACGGUCGACCGAGCUGUAUCUGACGCCGCUGUUGCCGGCAUCGACAAAGGAAUCGAACUCAAGGACAAAGCAGCAUCAGCCGCCGGCGUCGAAAGUGGCAAGGCCAAGGGCAAGGCCUCCGAAGUGGCAGGUGAAGCCAAAGGAAAGGCCCACGAACUCUCCGGACAGGCCAAGGGCAAGGCAGAAGAAAUCAAGGGAAAGAUGUCGUGAUCACAUUGGUGUCUGUUGAGUUUUCAGUCAGAAAGAAAAAUGCAAUCGCUCAAGAAUGGGGUGUCAAAAAAAAGGCUGGCGUUCUUGUACAAUAAAUCAUCAUCGUCGUCAACAUCAUCAUCAUCAUAAUGAUCGUCAAACCACCAAAAAGCAUCGCCCGACUUUUUCUAAAGUCGAGCAAACAAUAUGUACAGUAAAGAAUAGCAAUAUGUGCUCCUAUUCUGCACCACUCCAGAGUCUCCUUACCCAGCUUCUGGGUUCUUUAAACGAGGCUUCGGCUCCAUGAUGCCUGAAUUCGAAAAGUGA